AUGAGCACUAGAAGGGUUGCAAGAGGCCGCGGCAGAGGCUGUAGAGGUGCUAGAGCUGGAUCAUCGGCAUCGGGGUACAUGCCAGACGUUGAGGCGAGGGAAGCACAGGCUUCACCAGUGGCUGAGAUAGGGUCAUUCGACCGAGCUAUUGGGGAUAAUGCACUGGCCCAGGCGAUGCUUCAUAUUUUGGAAAGGGUUGCUGGUACUGUUGGGUCUAGUAUUGUUACUUGGGUCUGUGGGUCGGUUAUGGAACGACUCCGGCCACAUAGAGUAGAGAACUUUAGGGGAGUUUCUAGGGUGGUCCCUAGUGUGGCAGAAUACUGGUUGGAGGCCACCAAAAGAAUUUUGGACAACCUCGACUACACGCCAGAACAAAAGUUGAAGGGUGCCGUGUCCUUGCUGAGGGAUGAAGCUUACCAAUGGUGGCUUAUGGUAAAAGAGGGUACCUCGUCUGAUAGAUUGACUUGGGAGUUCUUCAGGUCCACGUUUCAAGGAAAGUAUGUAGGCGCUAGCUAUGUGGACGCUAGUAGAAAGGAGUUCCUGAGUUUGGUUCAAGGUGACGGACUUGAGUACGAGGCAAAAUUUUUACGACUUAGCCAGUAUGCCCAAGGAAUAGUAGCAACAGAAAACGACCGCUGUGUUCAGUUUUAG